AUGCGGCUUGUCGGCGCCGGGAGACCGAUCGAUAGUGCCGCCGCGGCUCACUCCGCGGGUCCAGUGCCGCCGCGCGCUCGUGCUCAUCCAGUGCUCGUGACCUUCUUCACCGAAUCCCUCGCAGACAGUGGGCAGACUUUGCAAACUACUCGUGGUUUCUCAUACUUAGAGACCUACUUGGGAAUCGGUCAGAUGCCGUCAGCGCCUCCCCCCUUGCCCCUCCCCCAUUCCUCCCCUCGCAUCGAGGUCAUUUGCGCAGCCGUAUCAAUGGUGUGUCACACCGUCCUGUGCAGGUUUAUAAUGUCUGAUUCUUCGCGGGGUUUCGUU